CCUUCCCUCUGCUUCUCCUUUAGAACAAAACAAAAGACAGUUUAGCUGGAGGAAAAAAAAUUAUACUUAGAUUAAUUAAUCCUAAAUUCCUUCACCUAGAUCUCUUGGCUCAGUGCACUCCCAUGUGCUCUGGAAUCAUUUAGUCUUAUUAAACUCUUGCUUCCCUUUUAAAUUUGUCCCUAUAUAAGAAGCUAUAUUUCUCAGCUGAGUCCUUCCCCCCUCCUGCCUUCAUCUUUUCUUGCUAAAGCUCUAGUUUCCAAUGGGUGAAGCUAAACCGGAAGAAGCUAAGGCAGAGACCAAAGCAGAGGAGGAGAAGAAGGAAGAGAAAAAGGAGGGAAAAGAGGAAGAGAAAAAGGAGGAAAAGAAAGAGGAAGAGAAAGCAGAAGAAAAGAAAGAGGAGGAAAAGAAAGAGGAGGAAGCAAAGCCUCCACCUCCUCCACCUAUCGUCAUAUUGUCUAUUGACAUGCACUGUGUAGGGUGUGCGAAGAAAAUUGAGAGGUGCCUCUUGAAAUGCAAGGGAGUUGAAGAGGUGGAGAGUGACAUGGCAAAGAACCAGGUGAAGAUAAAAGGGGUAGUGGACCCUCAGGCUUUGUGCUCAAGGAUUCAACAGAAAACAAUGAGGAGUGCCAGAGUCAUCUCACCGCUGCCCCCACCUGAUGAAGCUGAGUCACCCAAACCUCAAGUGGUUGCGUCCCAGGUUAGUGGGGUGACCACAGUGGAAUUACAUGUCAACAUGCAUUGCGAAGCAUGCGCUCAGCAGCUGAGGAGGAAAAUCCUGAAGAUGAGAGGGGUGCAAACAGCAGAGACAGAGCUCAGCAGCGGCAAGGUAGCGGUAACCGGGACAAUGACCGGCGAAAAACUCGUCCAUUACAUCUACCGACGAACCGGAAAACUCGCAAAAGUUAUCCCUCCGCCUCCUCCUCCACCACCACCACCAGCAGAAGAAGAAAAGAAAGACGAGCCCGAGAAAAAACCCGGCGAAGAAAAACCCGCCGAGGAAAAGAAAGAAGAAAAACCGGAGAAGGGGGAGGAAGGAAAAGCACCACCGGCCGACGCCCCGGCAGCAGAGGAGAAAAAGGAGGAAGGAAAGAAAGAAGAAGGCGAGGAGGCGAAGAAAGAAACUGAAGGGAUGCAGUUCAUGGGACCUGAGGACAUGGUGAAGAGGAUGAUGUAUUGGAAUGGAGGUUAUAAUAAUUAUGGGUUUCACGAGGACGAGUUUGCGAAGAGAAUGGUGAUGCCGCCGUGGAUGAUAAAUUUUGGGUUUAUAGAAGAACUUAUUAUUAAUUUGUUGCAGCUUGGAUGGUGGUCCUCAUGUGCAUGGGGGGCGGGGCAUGGCUUGCCGGAUGAGAGAGGUACGGUGUUGGGAUUCACAUGGGAUUGGGCUCGUAAUUUGUCGUUAGUGAAGCAGAAAUGGGACAAGACGGUGAGGGUGGGCGGUCUCUUUUCCUUUCCAACCGCCAUCUGA